CGGGGUCGUUUCUGCGGGAUUACUUUUUCGAGGCCGCCUUUGAUUGGGCGCCGUGGCGCAAUGCGCUCGACCCUUUAGACCCCAAACUGUCGGGACUCUGGCGUCGGUGCUCUAGGUGCUUCCGCCCGUAAACCGAAGCCGACGAGGAGACUUCCGUGCUUGGGCAUUUGCAGAGGGCGAGCGACCUUCAGUUGCUCUUUCACUUCCCAAUUCCACAAGAGCUCUGGGCGGCAGAGUUAUGGAGAAGCGCCUGAAGGAGGCUCAGCUGUACAAGGAGAAAGGGAACCAGCGUUACCGAGAAGGGAAGUACCGAGAUGCUGUAAGUGGGUACCAUCGAGCUCUGCUUCAGCUGCGGGGUCUGGAUCCAAGUCUGCCCUCCCCGAUACCUAAUCUAGGACCCCAGGGCCCGGCCCUCACACCUGAACAGGAGAACAUACUGCACACCACCCAGACAGACUGCUACAACAAUCUAGCUGCCUGUCUUCUUCAGAUGGAGCCAGUGAACUAUGAACGAGUGAAAGAAUACAGUCAGAAAGUCCUGGAACGACAACCUGAUAAUGCCAAGGCCUUGUAUCGGGCUGGAGUGGCCUUUUUCCAUCUGCAGGACUAUGACCAGGCUCAGCACUACCUCCUGGCUGCUGUCAGUAGGCAGCCAAAAGAUGCCAAUGUCCGGCGGUACCUCCAGCUAACACAGUCGGAACUCAGUAGCUACCAUCGGAAAGAGAGACAGCUCUACCUGGGCAUGUUUGGUUAACAAAGAAGAAAGAUGCUCCUCCACAUGAACUUGAAAGUUAAAGACCAGAGGGGGAAAGCCUGAGCCUCAGCAAGAGAAACUAACCCCAUACCUCUGACCCAGGUGGAUUUCUGUUUUGCUUCUAGCCCUGCACAAACUCUUUGGCACUUAUGCAGUCUCUGUCUUUUGGUUGUUUUGUUUUUGUUUUUUGGUCUGUCCAUCUACGUAUUUGUAUAGCUUUCCAUACAUGAUAUUCUUGGGGAUAUUUGCCUUGAGAAAUACAAUCAGCUAUAGGUGCAAUUAAUCCUGUCUAUGGGAUAGAUUUUAAUGGUAGAUGUUAUAUGUAUCCAUAUACAGAGGAGAAGGCUAGUAAAGGAUGAAAGAAUGACAAAAGAGUUUUUUCUGUUUCCUCAGAUAACCAAAGCCAAAGUCACACAGGCCACAAACUGGGAAAUAU